AUGGUGCUGCUGUCGGGGGACGGGGAGCAGCUGGCCGGGGAGCGCGUCUGCCCCACUUCGGCGGCGGCCAAAGAGGUGCCCAGCACCGAGUCGGAGAGCAGCCCCGAGCAGGGGGAGGCGGGGGCUGGAGCCGAGGCGCUGGACGAGGAAGAGGAUGAAGAGGAAGAGGACAGCGAGGAGUACGAGGACUUCUCCAAGCUGCCCGACACUUACAGCAUCGCCUCAGAAGACUCCUUCUACCCGCCGCAAGGGGUAGAGGACGAGGAGGACCGCUGGUCCCUGGAGGAGGAGCGCGACAGCCCCGAGGCGCUCAGCCUCUUCCGAGCCUGCUGCACCAACAACACCAUCGUGCUCAAGGCGCUCAUCCGACAGGGCCCCGACGAGGAGGAGGUGCGGGAGACCGACCGCAACCGCCGGAAUGGUCUUAUUGUUGCCUGCUACUACGGGUAUGUGGAUAUUGUAAUAGCCUUAGCACAAUGCCCUCACCUUGAUGUGAACUGGCAGGACAAUGAAGGGAACACGGCUCUCAUUACAGCUGCACAGGCAGGGCACAUAACCAUUACAAAUUACUUGUUGAACUACUUUCCUGGGCUCGAUAUUGAGAAGAGGAAUGUGUUUGGAUUCACAGCGCUGAUGAAAUCUGCGAUGCAGGGCCGAACAGAAUGCGUGAAAGCCUUGAUGUUGGCAGGUGCAAAUGUUCACGCAACUGACCCAAGCCGUGGGCUGACUUCAUGGGAAUGGGCUUGUUUCACGGGAAGAUCAGAGUCUGCCUUCAUCAUACAAAAGCUGAUGGACAGGCCCUGCCCGGAACAAUUCUGUGAUCAAUAUAAACCAGAAUGGCCAAAGAUGAAGGAACUUCUUGCCAAAGCUGCGGAACCAAAAAGCUGUCUGCAGAGGAUUUCUGAGUGUGUGAGGGCAGCUAUCCCAUUCCGGCCUUUCUACGGCCCGGAAAAAGACGGGGUCCUGGAUCACAUGGUGAAGGUGACAACAAGCUUGAGCAGUCCUUUCAUUGCUGUGUCCUGCCGGACAGUGUGCCCGGGCAGCCCUCCUGCCGUGGGGAAACGCAGGCUGGCUGUGCAAGAAAUCCUUAGGAAGCAGAGAGCUGAGGAGAUCCGAUCCCAGGACAAAGACCACUUCAGCAGCUACGAGAAGCUAUUUCAGAACUCCAGAGUCACCCUGAUCCCCAAGAAGAAGGACCGGCGAGCCAGCUUGCAGCCCAUCAGCCUUGCAGUCUCCCAAGUGAACGUGAUGGCCACUCGGAAAGCAAGCCUCUUGCCCCUCCACCUGCUCCGAAGGAGCAGUGUCAGGCCAGGAUUUGUCAUCCCCAGAGUCCGUGUCAGCAAGGCUCCUCCACCCACCUUCCAGCCAGAAAAGGCGAGGAGGAGCAGCGCCAAGGAUGACCCCUACUUGCAGAUUCCCAAAUGGAGAUACAAGGAGAUAAAAGAGGAGCGGAAAAAGGCGGAGGAACAGGAGAAGAAGAAAGCAACAGAGGCUCAGAAGCAGGGGCAGGUGUCUCCUGCCAGAAGCAGGACCUGA